GAUCCGUGGUCAGAGCAUUCUGAACUUGGUGUUACAUGGAAUAGGGCUAUGUGCUGAACAUGCAGUGAUGUCAUCAUGUGUACGAAGUGAAUCACGGACCCACCCAGCAGGGAAGAGGUUGUGAUUACGGAUUAUCUAAAUAAAGGAUACUGAAGAAUUUUAGGAAGUUUCAGUUAUGGCUGAUCAUUUUGGCCCCAUUACCCUAAAAUGGGAUCCUAAGAACUUGGAGAUCCGAACCAUGUCAGUGGAGAAGACACUAGAACCAUUAGUAUUACAGGUGACAACAUUAGUAAACACCAAAGGUCCAUCAAAAAAGAAGAAAGGCAGAUCAAAACGAGCUCAUGUUCUUGUAGCAGCUGUAGAAAAGGCAACAGAAAACUUCAUUGAAAAGGGUGAAUUGAUUGCAUAUGAAAAUCCAGACAUCAAACAGGAAAUGCUGUCAGCAGUGGAAGAAGUUCGGAAGACAGGAGAAGCAAUGAGCAUGGCAGCAAGAGAAUUUGCAGAUGAUCCAUGUUCUUCAUUGAAAAGGGGUAACAUGGUUCGAGCAGCUCGCAAUCUUCUCUCGGCCGUUACUCGGCUUCUUAUAUUAGCAGACAUGGUGGACGUUCAUCUUCUACUGAAGUCAUUAAGAGUGGUUGAAGAUGACCUUGAGAAACUGAAGAAUGCUUCUAGCCAGUCAGAGCUUCUUGAUAACAUAAAAGCCUUUGGCCGCAAUGCAUCUGAGCUGAUGAGUCAGGCUGCCAAGAGACAGCAGGAGCUGAAGGACCCACAGCUCAGAGAUGACUUGGCUGCUGCACGUGCUGUGCUCAAGAAACACUCCACAAUGCUGCUGACUGCUUCCAAGGUGUAUGUCCGUCAUCCAGAACUUGCUGCUGCCAAAGCCAACAGAGACUAUGUCUUCAAACAAGUGUGUGAGGCUGUGAACACCAUUUCGGACGUUGCUCAAGGAAAGGGGCCGACUGUUCCUCAGCAGCCAUUUGAUGGUCCUGGUGAACUGGCUGCAGCUUUGGAUGACUUUGAUGAACACAUCGUUAUGGACCCUCUGGCUUAUAACGAAGUCCGUACCAGACCUUCACUGGAGGAACGCUUGGAGAGUAUCAUCAGCGGAGCAGCUUUAAUGGCUGACUCAUCGUGUACACGUGAUGAGAGGCGGGAAAGAAUUGUUGCAGAGUGUAAUGCUGUACGUCAAGCGCUGCAAGAUCUGCUGUCAGAAUACAUGUCCAAUUUACAAGCUGCAAGGGGAGGGAAACGCGGGAUGGGAACCAAAGAGCAGAGUGAGGGCUUGGAACGAGCUCUGGAUCACAUGUGUCGCAAGACGCGCGAUCUUCGUCGCCAGCUGAGAAAAGCUGUUGUCGAUCACGUUUCGGAUAGUUUUCUUGAAACAAAUGUUCCUCUUCUGGUGUUGAUUGAGGCUGCUAAAGCUGGUAAUGAAAAGGAAGUGGAGGAAUAUGCACUGGUUUUUACAGAACAUGCCAACAAACUAGUGGAGGUUGCAAACUUGGCAUGCAGCAUGUCUGGCAAUGAAGACGGAGUGAAGAUGGUGAGAUAUGCAGCUGCUCAGAUUGAGAAUCUCUGUCCGCAAGUAAUUAAUGCUGCUCGCAUUCUUGCUGCAAGACCACGCUCUAAAGUGGCACAGGAGAAUAUGGAUGUCUUCCGUGAUGCUUGGGAGAACCAAGUCCGUAUCCUUACUGAGGCUGUGGAUGAUAUCACUACGAUUGAUGACUUCUUGGCUGUGUCAGAGAAUCACAUUCUGGAAGAUGUGAACAAGUGUGUGUUGGCGCUUCAAGAGGGAGAUGCUGAUACACUUGACCGCACUGCAGGGGCAAUUCGUGGUCGAUCAUCUCGAGUGUGUAAUGUGGUUGGAGCAGAAAUGGACAACUAUGAGCCAGGAAUUUACACUGAGCGAGUUCUUGAAGCAGUCAAAGUUUUAAGGGACCAGGUGAUGCCCAAUUUUGCUCAGCGUGUGGAGGUGGCAGUGGAUGCAUUGUCUUCCAACCCGCCCAAAGAUGUGGAUGAAAAUGAGUUUAUAGAUGCAUCCAGGCUUGUGUAUGACGGUGUGAGAGAAAUUCGACGUGCUGUUCUCAUGAACAGGACGGAUGAGGAGCUGGAUCCUGAGGAUGUUGAAUUUGAUGAACAUUACACCAUAGAGACAAGAAGCAAAUCAAGUGCACACACUGGUGAGCAUGGCGUGGAUGAGUAUCCUGAUAUCAGUGGAAUUACCACUGCUAGGGAAGCAAUGCGUAAGAUGACAGAAGAAGAUAAACAAAAAAUAGCGCAGCAGGUGGAAUACUUCCGCAGUGAGAAACUGAAAUUUGAUCGUGAGGUGGCCAAGUGGGAUGACACUGGCAAUGAUAUCAUUGUCCUGGCAAAACACAUGUGUAUGAUCAUGAUGGAAAUGACUGACUUCACUCGGGGCCGUGGUCCUUUGAAAACAACAAUGGAUGUGAUCAAUGCAGCAAAGAAGAUUUCAGAAGCAGGCACAAAAUUGGACAAAUUGACACGCCAGAUUGCUGACCAGUGUCCGGAGUCAUCCACUAAAAAGGACUUGCUGGCCUACCUCCAGAGAAUUGCUCUGUACUGCCAUCAGAUGAACAUAACUUCUAAAGUAAAGGCUGAUGUGCAGAAUAUCAGUGGGGAGCUCAUUGUUUCUGGGUUGGAUAGUGCAACAUCACUUAUUCAGGCAGCAAAGAAUCUGAUGAAUGCUGUUGUACUAACAGUGAAGUCGUCAUAUGUUGCGUCUACAAAAUAUCCACGCCAGGGCACAAUCUCGUCACCAAUUGUAGUGUGGAAGAUGAAGGCUCCUGAAAAGAAGCCUCUGGUGAGACCUGAGAAACCAGAAGAGGUGCGUGCCAAGGUGCGCAAAGGAUCACAGAAGAAGGUUCAGAAUCCCAUCAAAGCACUCAGUGAAUUCCAGAGUCCCACUGAAUCAAUCUAAAUGUUAAGGUUGUCUUCUCAUUGAUCAGCCUACUUCUUACUGGAUGACACUGGAUCCAACAAAGUUCAUGUCUUCUGAAUCCUUUCCUGAAGUGGGAUCUUGCCAGAAUAGAAGAAUAACAAAUAGCUUACAUAUCUGUACACUCAACUUGUGUAAAACAGAACUGCUGAAUGUGCAAGACUGCAUGUAACUUGGCUGAAACAUUGGUGUCCUGUUUUUAUACACACAUGUAUUGAAAUAUAAAACAAAGGAACAGGAGUGUCAGGUAUAAGGGUAAGUGUAAUUCACCAGUAAAAACUGUAUGUGCUUUUUUCUCCCAUAAGCAAUACUUUUACGAGCGCCAGACAGUCAGAAGAAUAAUUAUAAUGAACUUUGUUCAAGAUUUGAACUUAAUUUUAUUCUUUCAGGCUUGUAAAGUUGACAGACUGAAGAAUGCUGAGUCCAUUGUGUAUAAUGACUUGCAUAGCAUAGCUUGACCAAACUGUUGUAUAAUCUAUACACCCCUGACACAUGUAGUUAUGAUAUGGGAGGAAGAACACUAUAUAACCAUAUAUAAUAUAAUGCUUUUUACAAUUUUACCACCUGAGAAUUCAAGGGUUAUCUUACAUUUUUUAAUAACCCAUUAGUGUCCAUGCUUGGUUCAAUCGCUGUAGCAAUAUUGAAUGAAAUGUUUAACAGAUGAAGUUCCUCUAUUCUAUUCUAAGUUAUUCUAAUGAAUUAACAGACCAGCAACUGUGGAACUGUGUCACAAUAUAUUAGCAUGGUGUAUAUAUAUAUAUGUAUAUACAUACACAUAUAUACACAAGAUUGUUACAGAUCUUUAUUAAAUAAUAUAAUUUCUUUAUUAUUUACAGUUGUCUGUCUGAUUGUAGAGGUUGAUGUUUGAUUCCAGAUAACUUUGUAUUACAGUAAAUGUGGUACUUCCCAAAAGCAUAACAUCAAUGUAAUUAUCAGGUUUUGUCAGUAUGAGGGGCAACCACAAUUGGUGAUGCUAAUUAGCAGUCUGAUUGAUCAAGUCGUACUUCUUCGUCUGUCAUGUAACACCAGUUAUAACUUUUAUGUCUGUCCUAAAACAAAUUUAUAUGGCUUUAGCAUUUACAGUAUUCUUGCUCCUGACAUUUCUGUUACAUGAGAAUUAAAUGAGAAAGGGAAGCACAACAAGGGUUGAAACAAGGGUUCACAGAUAUACUGAUGAAGACAAAGAAAUCACAUAUUCACGUACCUUCAUUCUCCAUUGUGGAUAAAAGAUGUCGUAGAUGUCAUUAAACUGUGAAAGAGUUAGCAUCCGAUAUGAAAUACAAGGCAACAAAGAAGACAUCAUAUUCAGCAAGAAUUAUUCUGUGUUGGUCAUUGCUCUAAGUCACAUCUGCAUGGUGACUGCAACCACGUACUUGUAACAAGCAAGGAACUAUGCAUUGCCAAAGGAACAUGAUGGUCAUGACAUGAAUUGUUUUAUAUAGCUCCUUUACUAUUAACGAACUACAGGUAGUGCCUACCAAUUACUUCAGAGAAUACCCUUACUUUCUAUGGAUAAAUCAAGAAUAUAGCUUUACCAUGAUCAACCAUUUCUAUUAACCCUUUAAAGCACUGUGGUAGCUGUAUGUACCACCUGCUUUAACAAGGAGUAGCUCUGCAUUUUUUAUUUGUAGGUUUAAUGUGAUGCUCAGUGUAAACAGGGAUUAUUUCCUCAGACAGCAUUAAUAGGUUGAUCUUUGUAAUGAAGAACUGUUUUCUUUGAGGUUGGACUCAAUUUUUAAAUAUUUAGGUGAGCUUUAGCUUCAAGAGUUAAUCCUCAUGUAAGUCACACCCAAGUUAUUUAUUACAAAAUUAUGCAAAGAAAUACAAAAUAAAAUGUAGGAUUUGA